AUGACUGAAGAUCGACAGAUUCUUGAAUUUGAAAAAGAAACUAGAAAUAGUUUAGAUAUCGAUUGGUGUGGAGAUAAAGAAGAUCGAAGAAGCACAACUGAUUAUUUCUUUCAAGUCUUUGGUGGCCCAAUCUCAUGGAGCCCGAGAAAACAAUUUGUGGUGGCAUUAUCAUCGUCUGAGGCUGAAUAUAUAGUAGAAUCCUAUGCUACAUGUCAAGCAAUUUGGAUCAGAUAUGUGUUUGAAGAAAUGAAGGUCAAAGUGAAGAAACCUCUGGUUCUGCAGAUCAACAAGUCAGCCAUAAAUCUUGUAAAAAAUUCAGUUCUACAUGAAAAGAGUAAGCACAUUGAAGCUAGAGUUCACUUCUUAAGGGAGAAGAUAAAUCAAGGUAAAUUUGAAGUAAGACAUUGCUCAAGUGAAGCACAUUUGACCGACAUUUUCACCAAAGGAUUGAAGAUCGACAAAUUCCUGAAUUUAAAAAAGAAAUUAGGAAUAGUUCAAAUCGACUAUGAUUAG